CGGAGCGAUAAAACUACAGGACGAGACCACCGGUCUUCGGUCUUCACAUCCGAGGGUUCGAACUUCAGAGGCGGGACAACCAACUCCCACCUGGACUCCUUGUCAAACUUCACCAACAUGGAAUAUGACGAAAGCGUCUUAACGCAGUGCGUCGACGACGUUGACCAGCGGGUGUGCGAGGCGGGACGCGGCGGGCACCGAAUGACUUUCCACUGCGCGCGAUGCAACACUAUCCUGGGAGACUCGUUCGGCGUCUGCGGGGAGAUGAAGAGUCUCGACUCGAUCAUGUGUCUAAGAGUAACCAGUGAUGUUGUCAUCGGUGACGUGAUGGAGCCAGGGCAUAAAGGGGAAAUGGCUAAUUGCUUCUACAGUCUUCUGAAAUGUCGCGGCUGCUUCUCCGCUGUGGGCAAAGUUAUUCACUCGGCUCCGUCGCGUCUGGCCACGAUUCGCUCCCUCUUUCUACUGGACAAAGCAAACAUCGCUUGCUACAUCCUCGACAGCAGAUCAAUGGUGAAAGCGUCCGCACUCACGUUCGAUCUGCAGCCACUUGGUCCAAAAAUUGUUGAGAUGAGUCAGCAGGUGAAAGCGAAGUUGGAUCACAUGUCCCACGUGAAGAGCAGACUGGCUGACGGCAGCGUCACCGAUGAAUUGGACAAGUAGUGUGCACAGGCAGUCUAUCUACACUGCACCUGGGAUUAGGCACCAUGUGACUCUCAAUCUGCAGCCUCCUGUAGGAGAGUGUGUGUUGUAUGUUGUUAUUAUUUUUCUCUGAUUGUGGCUCGUGUAAUUUGAAGAAUUUGCCAAUUGUGGAUCAUUCCAGUCGAUUUAUAUAUUUUUUUAAAGGGCCGACAUUAGUGUGAAAUAUGAACAGAAGUAAUACGACCAGAGAUUUCUGAUUCCAGAUAUUGCUGCUCAAAUACAGUGUUAUAUGACUUGCUAAAAGGUUAAGUAGAGGUAAAGUUUUUUGGCAUGAAACAAGACUUUUUGCACCUUCUGCAAAAAAAAUGUUCUCCUCUCUCCGUUACUCCCCUCAGACUGUACGUACACAUCGACACGCAGCCGUUCAGUUGGCACCAUGCUGCAUUUUAUUGCUUAAUUUCUGAUACAGAUUUCUUUUUUCUGUUUUUUCAGUUGAUACAAAACCAGACAAGAGGCUCACACAUAAUUAGGCAUGCCCACUUCCUCCGUCUGGAGUGCAUAGUUUUCUACAAGGUCCACCCCCUCUGUGGAAAAGUUGAUCAACAUAGUAAUAUCAUUAAUCUUACUCAGGCAUAAAUGUUUUUGUUGUUGUUGUUUUUGCAUGGGAACAAAGGUUGAUCAGUGUUGUUCAGCUGCACCGUGGUCACGUUUGACACAGCAGAGUCAUUAUACUGUAUAUAUAUAUAUUUUUUUGGUCUGUGAAAACCACAAGCGAUGAUCAAAACUACUCCAACAUGCUUUCUGUAUAGUGUCAAACAACCGUCCCCGAGUUGUCGCCUUGUCACAGCACAUCCGACGAGAACGUUUCAAAAAUAUUCCUAAUUACACUUCAAUUCACAUUACAAAGUUGGGAUUAUUGCAUGCAAUACAAGUCAUUCGUUAUUCUGCUGA